UUUUGGAAAUUUUGAAUAGAACCCUGUCUGUCUUCCAUUGGAAAUUCCAAUCUCCUUCUGUUCCGGCAAUUGGAAUUCAGGUCUGUCUUUUGCUGCUCAAUGAAUGCUGUUGUAGGGUUGUUAACUAAUAUAUCUGUUUCUUUUGUUUCCAAAAAACAAUUUUAACAGACAUAAAUAUUGGUAGUAUAAAAAAAUAGAAAUAACCCGAUAAGGCGGUAGACCGAAAUUAGAGUAGACCUAUAUUUUUUUUUAACUUAACAAUUUUUUUACUCCUAAAUACCAUCUAGUCAACCUGUAGUUUUAACGAUUUGAAUUCACAUUGCAUAUGUGAAGGGCAAUCACCGUUGUUACUAGCCCAUAAGGUCAUGGGCAAAGUAGACAUAUAUUACAUGUCUACGGACGAUAUAAGUGAUCAUGUAAAAUCAUCUAUCGUUUAGCAAAAUACUUUUGCUUAUCACGUCGGUUGAUAAUGUUAUGUUAUGUUAUACUAUCAAUAUUAGGCCAUAAAUUAUAAGUUAGUGUCUUGUGGUGACAUACAUCUUGCUACACUUUUUCGUACAACCAUGCUACAAGCCCUUUGUUUUUUUAAAAGAAAACACAUUCCCCUUAAAUUUUUUCCUAAAAUCCACCUAAUGCUCAUUUUGUGGGAUUCGAAAUAUACACACUAAAUACCACUAGGCUAAAUAAUUUUAAAAAAUGUGAAACUACAUACAAAUCUUGUUGUGUGAAUAUGCACUGUUAACAAAUAUGUUGUCUUACCUUCAGGUCUAGUACACCGGGUCAAGCGAUACAACUAGUAACCAAUCGAUUCAAAUAGAAGCACUUUAAAUAAAGGAUAUUGGAUUUAAAUAACCACAACUUUCACCAAUUGGCUAAUAACGCUUUUAACUUUUUAUUUAUACCACAUCACUCUCAACUUUCAACUUAUUUUCCUAUGGCACUCCCAAACUAAAUUAACUGAACCCUAACUAUAUUAGCUAACUUCAGAUGUCAGGUCACUAAAUAUUGCCACAUCAGAUGCUACAUAAUAAAAAUGCCACGUCAUCAAAAAAUGCUACGUUAGAUGACGCGUCACCAAAUGAGUGCCACAUCAGAUGCCACGUCAGCAAAAAGGCCACCUCAGAUGCCACAUCACAAAAUAAAGUGCUACAUCAGCAAAAAACUAACUGGGUUAGGGUUCAGUUAGUUUGGGAGUGCCAAAGGAACAUAAGUUAAAAGUUGAAAGUGGUGUGGUACAAAUCGAAAGUUAAGGGUGCUAUUGGUCAAUUAGUGAAAGUUGAACUUAUUUAAAUUCAGUAUCCCUUUAAAUAACCGGUUUCAGGUCCGUAUUCUGUUUCUUGUCCGAAUAGUCCGGCCCGUUACCGGUAUAGUGAUAUAUAGUCUUCAUUUGUGUACGUAAAAUAAUGAAUAUAAGAUUAAGCACCCACGCACAUCCCCAUAACCGAAUCUUCCAAAUCAUCAAAGGUGCAUUCAAUGCUUGCAUUGGAGGUCUCACGUUUUAUAUUUCUUCAAGACGGGGAAAGAUGUCUGUUUUUCUUCAUAUUUUAUUACAUCAAUUUUGAUAAAAUUACACACACUCAUACUCACUCACUUAGGUUCCUUUUUUUUUUUUUUUUUUUUUUUUUUGAACGGCCGACAAAAUUUUAUUAUUUGUAGCAAGAUGCUACCACCAAAUAUUACAAACAUAGCAUUCACCAGUACAUUACAUACUUAUAUAUCACCAGCUAGCGAAAACAAAAUCUUCCCCAAUCCUCCCAUGUUAACAUUCCCAUUUUAGAUCUAUUCUUAAUCCAAAGAUACGCCAUCGAUUUUAUCUCAUCCAAAGUCUUUGCGUAGUUCGGAACUCCUUGUCUGAAUACCAUCUCAUUCCUUAGUUUCCAUAUGCACCAUAUAGCCACCAACACCACUGCAUGGACCGCCUUUCUCUUCUUCGACGAUCCGGAACUAAUUUCGUGUAUACUAAGUAGAUCAUUAAUCCCAAAAGCUAUGAUCGGCUGAAUAUUACACCACUCCGCGAUACUUAACCAUAUAGAUUGUGCGAAAUGGCAAGCAACGAACAAAUGUUCACUUGUCUCGGAAACCUCGCCACAAAACACACAAUCCUGAACUUGAACCGGGAUAUUGCGAGCCACAAGUGCACACUUAGUCGGAAGCCGUUCCAUUUCUGCCCUCCAUGCCACAAUCGCGACCUUUUUCGGAACCCAAUUAUUCCAUUCAAAAGCUCGUACAGGGCUGUCCCGGUUAACGGAGCUUAAAAUCUUCUUGAUACCGGCCACGGUAAAACAUCCAUUUGCAUCGUACUUCCAAGACCACUUGUCCGACCCCAUGUUCACAGCUAAAGAAUCAAUCAAAGUCUUCAUAUGUUGUAACUGAAGGAUUACCGGGUCAUCGAGUAUAGGCCGCUCCCAAUCCCAUGAAUACAUCGGCCCCGAGUCACCCAGAUCCACCCGGUCUUCCACCAGACAUUCUUUAUUUCUUUCAGCCUUAAAUAGCUCUGGGAAUUUAACAUAAAAUGGUAUCGGGUCGGCCCAACUAUCCAACCAGAACUGGAUAUUAUUCCCACUAGCCCAUGUUGCUGAAGCGGCAUUUUUGAGGUCUAUAUCCGCAUGUAGUACCAAUUGCCCCACACUUAUGAUGUUCUUCCAAGGUCCUGCUAACGUCAUUCUUACCGGAAUAUCGCUCCAUCCCCUUGUAUUAUGAUGAAUAGCCCAAAUUAUCCUACGCCAUAAACCUUUUUUUUUUCUUUUUUUUUUUCCCGUUUUGAAUCUCCACCACCACUUCGCCAAUAAAGCCAAGUUUGUAUCCCUAAGAGAACCAAAGCCCAACCCCCCGUAUUCAACCGGAGCGGUCGUUUUUUCCCAAGCAACCCAAUUCAUUUUCGCUUUUUCUUCCGAACCACCCCAAAAGAAAAUUCUUCUAAUUCUAUCCAACGCGUUUAGGACUUUAAGCGGGGCUCUAAACAGUGAUAGAUAGUAGGUUGGGAGAGAAUUGAGCACUGAUUUAAUCAAUGUUAUCCUCCCACCAUAAGAUAAUGUCUUUGCUUUCCAUAUGGAGAGGCGACUUUUAAAAACUUCCAAAACCAUAUCCCAAUUUUUUGACAAGUUCAUAUUUGCACCUACACUUAAGCCAAGAUAGCUACCCAUUGAAACAACCCUAAAAGUUGUGGGUGGUUAGGUAGUGUUUUGACUUUUCUUUUUUGAAAAAAUAGAGCUAAAUUGUUUUCAGUAGAAUGGGUAAAUUGGUUUGCCUUUACUUUCGCUUAGUUUGUAUGUCUGAUGUAUUGUUUUGUGUUUUUAAUAAAAUCUGCCGUUCAAAAAAAAAAGUAGUGUCUUGACUUUUCUUUUUAUAGGAAAUACAACAUUUUACUUGUGUCACAUUUUAUAAUACUCAGCUAAACCAUCUAUUCAACAAUUUUCGGUUACAAGUACUGUAAUACGCCUCUUUAUAGGGUCUAUUCUGUGUUGUAAAAAUCGCGAAUAGUUGGUAAUUAAUUGCUAGUCGGCUAGUAAUUGAGUAAUUUUUCGUUAAUCAGUCCAUUAAUCGCUAGUCAGGCCUAAUCAGACCUAGUCAGACCUAGUUUGACCUACUCAGCGGGCCAAAAAUCGGCGAUUCCGGUAUCAAAACCUGUAUAUUCCGGUCAAAAUCUGUAAAUUAGUUAGUUUCCAACCAAAUCAUGUGAAUUCCAACAAUUAAUCUUAUAUACUUAAAAAAAGAGUUGAGAAAGAGUUAAAACUCGUCUACGUAUAAUAUUUACUUAUAAAAAUGUGUAUAUGUAUACACAAAACUGAAAAUUACAUAUUAAAAACCCGAUCCGAUUAAUCUCGGGUAGUCGCUAGUCCCACCUUACCGGCCGACUAGCGAAUUCUCCAACCUUGGGUCUAUUAACACCAUCUUUUUUCUUUGUUACUUUUGUUAAACGACGUCGUAUAACUUUUUUGGUUGCAAGACUUUUAAUACUGGAUAAAGUAUCACUAAAAUUACAUAAGGAUGACAGGUAAACGGGUAACAAACUGCGCUGUAAUGGGACUCGGGGCGGUCCCGUGAUACAUGAUCAUCACUCGUUGAAGUGCAACGGAACACCGCCGCCGCCUCAAGAAUCACGCGUUAUAUAUGUAACGCGUUACACCCACAACGCGUUGAACUUUUGAUUUUCGACCGUUUGAAAAUGACCGUUGGUAAUUUUUUUUGACCGUUUGAAUGAUUUUGAUUCUUUUUUUUAUAUAAAUCCAACAUAUUUCAAUACAAAAACUCAAAAAACUCUCAACUAUUCUCACACUCGAUACAAAAAAUUAAAACACUCUCCAACUCAAUCUAAAUAAUUUUACAAGAAAUAUGGAAGGUUCAAGCAAGAGAGGUGGGGGAUCGAAAAAAAGAGGUUUGGGUACGAAGAAAAAUCCCGUAAGGCCCAAGGUUCGAGCGAAUCUUGGUGAGCCGGCGCGCUUUAGGUUGCAAGACGAACCCGACCAAGUCCCACCCUUUCAAACCCAACAAUAUCCACCCUUUCAAACCCAACAAUAUCCACCCUUUCAAUCGCAAACGUACCAUAACCAACCGUUCGUUCCACCGUUUCAACCUCACCAAUUUCAAUCGCAAACGUAUCAAACCCAACCCCACACACUCGACCCACUACUAGAAGACAACACCCUCAUUCAUCAUUUUGCAAAAGCGUGGCGUGAACCACGUGAACCACAACAAAGUCUUGACGAGGACGAGGAAGAGGAAGAGGAAGAAGAAGCGGAGGAAGAGGAAGAGGAAGAAGAACAAAAUGAUGACGUUCAAGAAAUCGUUCCAAUCGGCCGACAACCUUGGACGAGCGAGGAGGAGGUGUCCUUGACGAAGGCGUAUUUGCACAUCUCGGAGAGUAGGAAACAUGGGAACGAGCAACGAAAGGAUGCGUUUUGGAGACGGGUCAUUAAUCAUUUUAGGCAACUUCCCGGUGUAAGGAUACGAAACAUGGACCAAAUGACAUCGAAGUGGACGGAUUUGAACGGGAAAAUUAGCAAGUUCAACGCUUGUUUCAUUCAAAAGAACCGAAACCCACAAAGUGGAGCGAGCGAGGCGACGAUCAUGCAACAAGCCACCGCAGAGUAUUGCCGAGUGUACAAAAAGAGAACUUUUCCACACGUGGGGGCAUGGGAAGUUGCGAGACAUCACCCGAAGUGGGUCCCCGUUGAGUUGGUUGACAUGCAUGGUCCUAGGCUCCAAAAAAACGAGGCGGUUCGAAAAGAUCAAAGACAUCCGAGUCGGGGAACUACACGACUUCCGCGUCGGAUAACUUGCCCCAAAUGAACUUAAACGACGACCCUCUUGACGAACCCGAUCAACCCCUUGACGAGCCCGUUGAGGAAGAUACACCCACAAGGCCACGACGUAGACGAGGUGGUGAAUCGUCAAGCAAAGGGAAGGAGGCGGUGGCGGAGUCGAUCUUCAGAAUCGAAGAGGAGAAAAUGACCCAGUUCAAGAAGGCCGAACAAAGAAAAGAAACAAUGAUGUCCCUAAAAGUUGAACGCGAGCAGGCGUACAAGGAACACUUGAAAACGAUUGAAAGACAAAAUGAUUUAAAAAUCUUGUGUGAAAACCACGCCCAUCUCGACGAACCGUUCAAGUCAGUUGUCAUUCAACAAAAGCGCGCGAUUUGCGCAAAGUGGGGUUGGGAGAUGCCACCCGUCUAGUUGUUUUUUUAUUUGGCUAUGUAAUUUAUUUUUAAAGUUUAAUGAAAUUUAUAAUUUAAUGUUUUAUUUU